GGGAUGUCUGAGGAGGCUGUCCGCCAGACUCGCAGCCAGAAGAGGGCGCUGGAGAGGGAGGCUGCCCCACAGUCUAUGGCCCUCUCUAAUGCUGACUAUGAAAGCAAAAAACCUAAACUGGACCCUUCUGAGCCCGCGUCAGGGGUACAAACUAAACCCAAGCCUGAGCUUUUGCUGGCACAGGACACUCAGAGUCGGACUAGACCCGGAUCAGAUCCCGAAACGGAGCCGGAGCCAGAGCAGAGCCGGCUGCCGUUACCUUUAGUGUUACCCCCGACAUCCCAGCUGGUGAAGGACGAUCGGGAUCGGACACAGAGAAACCAGACGGCUGAGUCCGGCUCAGACAAUCGAAUCCUCUGCAAUGACAGAGCAAGGAUGGAGACGGCCGUGGACCCACGGAGCCGGCUCCGGCAGACGGAGCCUAAGGCCUCAGGUGGGAUACUUGCUGCGGGCGAAGUGAAGGCGACCAUUAAAGUGGAAGUUCAGACCGAGCAGCCUGUGGACAUGAGCACCACCAAAGGUAUAAAAAGGGAGAAGCGCCCCCCGUCCCCUGAAGAUGACGACGUCAUCAUCCUGUCUGAUAACGACUCCCCGAGUCCACCGAUGAACGGCCUGAGCCACUACAAGGAGCUGGACACGGAGCUGCUCAUGAAGAGCAGCCCAGCAGAGAGAAAGCUUAUCAUCAAGCAGCUGAGAGAGGAGCUGAGACUACAGGAGGCCAGGCUGGUGCUGCUGAAGAAGCUUCGACAGAGCCAGAUCCAGAGGGACACUCUGCAGAAGCCCUCAGGUUUAUCCGGUUCCUCUGCUCCUCCUCCUCUAAUUCGAGGAACGAUUGCAAGCAGUAAAGGCUCCCAGCAGAUUCUGACAGGAAGAAGCUCGGGGACAGUCAUCCCUCCCCCUCUGGUCCGAGGAGGGCAGCAGGCGUCGUCCAAACACGGCUCCCAGAUCAUUAUGCCACCCCUGGUUAGAGGGGCACAGCCCAUCUCUGUAUCUCCGCAGCAGAUCCACGCUCUCCGCCAGCAGCAGCAGCAGCAGCAGCUGGCAGCGACCGGCGGUUCAGGAUCAGGGCCUCCUCCGCUGCUGCUGGGCCCCAGGAACUCUGCCGCCGCCCAGGGACAGAGAGGCGUCGUCCAGUCGGGACUCAUCCGGGUCGGCAACAACGCCAACCUACUGGCCUCGCCGUCCGGCGUGAAGGGCUCCUCCUUAGGGAGCGCCGGCGUCUCUGUGGUCAGCGUGAACGACUCCCCGGCCAGCCGGCAGGCCGCAGCCAAGCUCGCCCUGCGCAAACAGCUGGAGAAGACGCUGCUGGAGAUCCCGCCACCCAAGCCCCCCGCGCCAGAGUUCAACUUCCUGCCCUCAGCGGCCAACAACGAGUUCAUCUACCUGGUAGGGCUGGAGGAAGUGGUGCAGAACCUGCUGGACACCAUCCAUAGAGGAAAAACAGGCGUGCCGCUGUCCAUGCAGGCGGUCCGCGACCCGUUCAUCUGCACCCAGUGCAACACUGACUUCACCUGCCGCUGGAGGCAGGACAAGGCUAAAGGCGGGGCCGUGCUCUGCGAAGACUGCAUGUCGUCCAAUCAGAAAAAGGCUCUGAAAGCCGAGCACACCAACAGGCUGAAAGCCGCGUUUGUCAAAGCCCUGCAGCAGGAGCAAGAAAUAGAGCAGCGUAUCAUCCAGCAGGCGUCCUCCCCGGUCUCCCACGGUACCUCGUCAGCCGCCGCCGCUUCGUCACUGAAGGCGGAGCAGCUGGUGUCCCAGCAGCUGAAGCAGGCUCAGGCCCGCGUGUCCUCCCUGCAGCACCACCACCACCAGGCCAGCAGGGGAGCCAUUCCCCAUCAUCACUCCAUUAAGCAGAGCUCGCAGGGCCACCUGUCCCGCGGCGUCUCAUCCAUGGGGGUGAGGGGCGUCCCCCACUCCUUCUCCUCCUCCUCGCAGCUGCAGAGCGCAGUGGCGGCCGCGGCUUUGGUCAGCCGGCCAGGUAAGCACGCCCAUGUUUCCCACCGCUCUGUCCAGAGUUCAAAGGUGAGCAGCAGUGGGAUCGGCGGCGGCAGGAAUGCCAGCGGAGGUAGUGCCUCGGCAGCUGCAUGGAAGAAGCAGAGCAGCAGUAACGCAGGAGUCACCAUGGCCUACGUGAACCCCAGCCUGACGGGCCACAAGAGCUCGGCCGCCGUGGACGCCCGCCAGAGGGAGUACCUGCUGGACAUGAUCCCCUCCCGCUCUUCCAUCUCGCAGACCGCAAACACGUGGAAAUAGUCGCAUAAACGGCUAUUUAUGUCGUGCCCAAGCUCCUCGGCUCCGAUAAGGCGGUCCGCAGCGCCCCCCCCACCCCACCCCCACACACAGGACUGAUAACAAUCUCUCAAAGUGAAGAAAGGUUCCUGAAAUCUCUUUGUAAGAUCUUAUACUUUAGUUUUCAAUAUUCUCGUUGUUUUUUCUUUGACGUUCGCGCUGUUGUUUUGAUAAUUAUGCACAGACCUUUUUUUUUUAUUACUAUUAUUAUUAUUGUUUUGAGUGGGUCAAAGAAAACUAAAAUGACAGCAUACUUGAAGGGCUUCCCCUGAGCUCUGUCCUGCAGACGGAGCAGAGAAGCUGCGUGAGAAGAGCUCAGAGUUUUUGGGUCGCCGGCCCUUUCUGCCAUGACGCCGAUCAGACCAGUCCUCGCUUUUUCACACUUGAAUGGUUCCAGUUUUAAACCCGGGACUUUACGUUCAAAUCCGCAUUCACUUUAGGUAAAGGUAAAAAAAAAUAAAAAAAAUCUGCAAGUUGUAAAAUUUUUAUGACAUCCUCUCUGUGUAGUGAUCCGUUUGAGUUUAAGUUGUAUUUACAGUAAGUUAUUUUAUUUUUUUUUGCUUUUGACUGAUGUUUAAAGUCACUCGGUAUGACGGUGGUUUCCACUGAUGAAGAGUUUCCUCUAGCUUUUUUUUGUUUUUUUUGUUUCCCCAGUUUAACAGCAUGCCUAUCCUUACGCCUGUUUUGCACCUUAGCAGAAGAAGCGCGGUGCCAUUGCUUAACUCAUCUGUAAUUACCAUCUACUUAUUUUAUAUUAUCGUCAACAUUGUAAGACUUUGAUUAUGCCGUCGUUGCGAGCUCUUGUCGGGGCAGAGUCCAUGACAGCCCCCCCCCCCAGCCCAGCUAACGAGACUCUGGACUAAACGAGACCGUUCAGAACUUCUCCCCAUCAUGGAUAAUUUCUCUGCUUUCCAUAAUCUUUAUUGCAUUGUUAAGAAUUAUGUUAAAGCUUACUUGGUUUACCUUUUUCCUAGUUCCUAAAGAAAUAAAAAAAUAUACAUUUUAAAUGG